AUGCCUCCUGUCCAGAGUGAGGAAUCCUGGUGCACCGCUCUCCCUUCUUUGCACAUAAGAGAGAGGCCUGCCAUCACAAUGGCGAGGACCAUUGUCAGCCUGCAUGAUUCUGAAGGAAUAAUUUCAGGCAGCCGCUUCUCGCCCAAGGGUCAAAGCAUAGAGGAAACCAGGAACUGCAAAGCUGCAGGGAAGGAAUGUGGAAAGUGUCAGCAGUACGCUGAGCCAGAAACGAAAUUCAACUGGUGGUUGCGAUGCAAGUGGCAUUCCAUUCAAUGGCAGUAUGAGAUUCCGUGCUGCUCGCCCUGUCCUGGGUUACCGUUCUGGCUGUGCAACGCAUGA